AGACUCUGCCUCCAUCGGCUCUUGCGAUUUCAUCUGUGGCGCGAGCGCGCGCGCGCGUCUGUACUGUUGACAGUCGCCAUGGACCUCAAAGUGGAGUCGGAGGAGGUGGACUGUAAGCAGCCGGUGCCCAUCGAGGUGUUCGCGAGCCGCUCCACGCUGCACGGCAUCUCGCACAUGUUCAGCUACCAGCGCAUCUGCAUCAAGCGCUGCCUCUGGAUCCUCUUCUUCAUGGGCUCGCUGAGCUUCCUCAUCUACGUGUGCGUGGACCGCAUUCAGUUUUACUUCGAGUACCCCCACGUCACGAAGCUGGACGAGGUGCUCAUCUCGGCCAUGAUCUUCCCCUCGGUCACCUUCUGCAACCUGAACGCGUUCCGCUUCAGCCGGGUGACGCGCAACGACCUGUACCACGCGGGAGAGCUGCUGGCGCUGCUCAACGGGAGGUACGAGAUCCGGGACACACACCUGGUGGAGGAAAGUGUCUUGGAGACACUGAAAGUAAAAGCAGACUUCCACAACUUCAGGCCCCGUCCCUUCAACAUGCGUGAGUUCUACGACCGCACCGGCCAUGACAUCAAGGACAUGCUGCUGUCCUGCCGCUACCGUGGGGUGGAGUGCAGCGCGGAGGACUUCACCGUGGGCAGUGCACCUUUGGAAUGCUGUACUCCUGUUCUGCAUAAUCGUUUUGUGCUGAUAUGUCCGGCAUGCGAGUAAGGUUCCACCGAAGGAGUGAUGCUCUCGCUCUCUGUGAACCCCAUGGCUAAGCAAAUGUAUGACCUAGAUUUCAGCUUCUGUGCAACUUUAUUUCUGUU